UUCAGACAUCUUGCCCAAAGAAACAUCUGGAACAAGCGCGCGGUGCGGCGCGCUCCAACCAUGGCGGCAGAUGAAUCCGAGACGUCUGAGAGUGAAGAAAACGAGGACAACGAAUCACUGGAUGACAAGUUGAAACGCAUCACAAAGCUCGGCAAGGAGGGCGACGUGGAUGCUUUAGUGAAGGAGGCCAAGCUAGCGGACUGCAGUCCAGACAUGAUGUCCUUUGCCUCUCAGAAAGCCAAGGACUUGGGGAACAUGGCGUUUCAGAAGCGUGAAUACGAGCAAGCUCUAGAAUACUAUGCUGGAGCUUUGCUUGGGGAUGUCCCUGAGAAACACAAGAUUUUCAGCAAUCGUUCAGCUUGCCUUUUUCAACUUGGAAAGUACACAGAGGCCUUGGUGGAGGCGACGAAAGCCAUCAAAGAGAACCGAGCAUGGUCCAAAGGUUAUUUCCGUGCCGGCCGUGCAGCCUUGGAGAUGGAGUACUACCAGGAAGCCUUGGAAAUGUUUGAGAAGGGCCUUGAGAAAGAGCCUAGCAACAAGGAUCUGGUGGCUUGGGCUCAAAAAGCGCGGGACAUCAGAAACCAGCAUCAACAGGAGAAGCUGGUGAAAAAGCAUACCACGGAUUACUCCAAGUUCGAUUCGCUUGUGCAGCAACAACAAGACGAAGAAGAUGAGGAGGAGGCUGCGAACGAUCCCAACCGCAUCAUCCUUGGGGACAAGUACUACUCGUCGUCCAAGAUGGAGCAGCGGCAACUGAAGGCCAUGCUGGGCUAUAAAGAGCCCCCGCCACCCCCUUUCGAGCCCAAGUUUGACACGGAAGUCAUCUACAGGCAUGACAACCGUGGAGAAAAGACGCAGCAUCCGAUUUGGGAUCCGAGCCGCCGCGAGUGGCGGAUCGAUGCGAAGCCCGCGCCCAGCCGAGUGGACUACAGCGACUCCCAGCAGGCGCAGGCGAUUGCAUUGUUCCUGGAACGGCAGAGCGAUGUUCAGUACGCUGAGGAGCUUCUGAAUCUUCUUGACCAGAAUGCAACGCCGAUCGAAGUCUUUGCCAAGGUCGACCCGGAAGUUCAAGCGUCGCUUUGGCCACCAUCAAUUGCCCCGAACGCUGUGCGGGAUGUUGUGGGUCAUCUCAUGGGUGCUACCAAAGCGGAUGGUACGCGGGAGAAGCACAACAUGUUGGGCAACGAUGCACGAUGGUUGUUUUUGGGCAUUGGCUGUGGACUCCCUCUGCUCACAGCAGCGAGGUAUUUGCCAGCAUCAGACAUUGUAGCCAACACCGCGCAUCGUGCAGCCUACAUCGCUGACCUUUGUAUGACCAUUGCUCGAGAGAACGGAUUGAAAUCGCAGCAGGUGAAGUUUGUUCAUCGCCCCUCCCAUGAGCUGGCUGUGGUCGAUCCGGACGGAGAGGAUGAGAACAAUUUGACAGGGAAAGUGGAUGUCGUCGUACUUGACUACGAACUCUUCGAUCCUGGCUUGAUUGGAAAAGGCGUUUUGGCAAGGAUCAACCACGUGAAGAAACGCCUAGCCACCUCAGAUCAUAUGAUCAUGCCUAUGGGUGCUCAGAUUCUUUGUGCUCCGUGUGAAAUCCGUUGCCCUCGGGGAGAAGGUCCCGACGGAUUGGACUGGCGAGCUGGAGACGAGACGCGCUGGGGCGCCUUCUACGAGACGGGCAACUUGGAUGGAAGUCUCCGGGAGCCUUGGCGCUCCUUAGGGCCGGUAUGUGAGGUCUUUGAAUUCGACUUCACCGAGCCAGAGAUGAAGAUGAGUGGGCAGAUGGACUUGUGCUUCGUCGCCAAAGAGGAUGGCGUGCUCAACAGCAUCGUCUUUUGGUAUCGAAUGGCACUCACCGAAUCAACCCAUUUGGAUCACACUCCAAUGGAUCUACAGAGUAGCCACGUGGACGUGCACGGAGACUACAAUCGCCACGCAUAUCAAUGGCUUGCCACACCAUUGCAGGUGUCCCAAGGAGAUGAAAUUCAUAUUCGCGCCUCCUACAGCCGGUCGCGGAUCCGUUUCGAAGUGCUCAAGGAGGUUCCACAGAAGCCAAAGGCUGUUGGAUGUCCUCGAUGGCUUUUCCUCCGUCUUUGGGAUGAACAACGUUUUGAGGCCUUUCGGAAGGCUAUUGACAAAGCCAUGGAGAAGAUCCAGGAGGUGCGAGAGGCACUCCCGAAGCUGGAGCGGCCACCUUUGCGCGUAGUGCACUUGGGUGCAGGACUGGGCCAAAUCUCAAUGCUGACGGCCAAAUGCGCCAGGGAAGCAGGGAUUACAGACUCGGAGAUUGAGACCCAUGGCUAUUCCGUGGUGGCGAUCGAGCAAAUGCCCAAAGUGGUCAAACUCGCCAAGCGUGUCUUCCGAGACAACCACUUGGAGAACGAUGUUUUCCUCUGCAACGAGGACGUGAGGAAGUUGCCCAGCCAGCCUCAACGUGCUCAGUUGGUGAUUUGUGAGCACUUUGAUGCCGGCUUGUUGGGUGAAGGGAUCCUGGUGCUUCUGAACGCUGCGCGCAUCAAAAUGUGCAACGCUUUUGAUCACCAAGUGAUCCCAAGCCGUGCCACGUUGUGGGCCGCUGCCUUCGAGUUCGGGGAACAUCUCAAGGACUAUCAGGGAUUCAAUUUGAGUGCCUUCAACCACUAUCGCACGGGCUUGAUGGCUGAUGUUGACACAGCUUUGGCAGAUGGCAGUGCGAAGCAAAUGUCCAAUGUCUUUGAAGUCUUCAAAUUUGACUUCGAGAAGAAUGAAAUGCCAAAUGCGCACAGCAUUAGCUUCACCCCUUUGGCAACAGGCCGCAUCACUGCUAUUGUUUUUUGGUAUGAGAUCCACAUGGAUGUCGAAGGAGACGUGAUUUUGACCAACUGGCCCGAGAGCCUCCCGCCAGCUGACUUCGCCAUGAUGGAAAAGGAUUUGCAUCGAAUCUCGCCUUUGCGGCAAGCAGUCUGCCACUUCCAAGGGAAUUACAUCCGAGAGGUGGUGAAGGAUGAGCCAGUGGAAAUCGAUGUGGGAUACCAGCAGGCUUGGCCUCAGUUCGUUUGGCCUGGGACGGAGAUGGUUGCCAAGGAAAGUGGAGAGAGAAUUCCCAAGCCGCCACCCAUGCCCAGGCACAGACUCUAUUUUGAGAAGAUGAGAACUGAGACCGAAAAGCUUGAGAAGCAGCUUCAAGGCGGACUCAUGUACGACGAAGAAAUGCUGGGAGAUGGCUACGCAGCUGCAGAGAGAAUUGCCCUUGAGCCCAAUGGCAACCCGAAUUACUUGAUUGAUCCCAACAAUGCGAACUUCUUCCACAUGAUGUUUUUUCUUAUGACCCAAAGAUGACUGUCAACAGUCCGAAGAUGAUUUUGUACAUUGCAUUUGUUGCAAAGAUUUUGUACAGCUUUGCGAGAAGUUUAGAACAGCGCUGCUCCAAGCUAUGUGAUUGACCUCACAGAUUCACGCGAGGC